CGGUUUUCUCCCUGCCGCCGUGAAGCGCAGCGGCGGGUCGGAACCGGUCCAGAACCCCGACAACAAACACGUCCGCCUCUCAUACACACGAGUUUCCUAAAUAUGUAUUUAUGCUCCGUCCGGUUCGCCUUAAAACACUGCAGGUGGACGCGGCUCCUUUGUUCGGACGAGAGGCGCGCUUCCGUCGCACGCUCAUGACGUCAGGUUACCGUGGCAACAAAGGGCGUCUGCGCCGCUGUCCCGUGAGCUAGGUGCUAGCUUCUGCAGCUCAGCGGUGUUUCUAUAGCAGCCAGGCUGGCGGAGGAGGACGCAACGCGUCGAGGGAAAAUAGCCGAGCGCUGCUAAAGCUAGCUUCACUGGAUCAAGCCUCACUGCCCAGGAUCUGAGUCUGGUUCGGUCCAGCUCUGUUAGAGGAAUAAAAUGGGCUGUAAAAACUGGUCCAUUUAAAGGCCGGUGUGAUGGAGCUGUUGGAGGAAGAGGAGGCCGCGAUACCAGAGCUGAAGAGGCAGCUGGAGACGGAGGAUCUGGGCCCGGAGGAGAAGAUCAGCCUCCUGAACGAUGCCCUAAACAAGGUGCUGAACUCUGCAGCCGUGCAGGCAGACAGCGCAGCGUUGACUCGGGUCAAGUCCCAGCUGUACCUCAGUGGGGUUCUGGGUCAGUGUGUCCGGGUUCUGCCUCUGGGGAGAAACUGGACCUCUGCUGCCACGCUGGCCCACCUCACCAGCUGCAGCUGCGUGGGGGCGGAGCCAGGCAGCCGCUCCGAGGCCUUUCAUAGGCUGUUCCUGCCGUCGGUCAUGGACGCCCUGCUGUCUCUGGCCAACCAGCUGAUGAGCCGAGCAGAGUGCUCGGCUCUCUUCAGGAAGGUGAUGGACUCCGUCGGCUGGCUGCUCUCCGCUCACACCCACCUCACGGAUCAGGUCCUCAGCUCCGUCCGCUACGAGCAGAUCCAGAUGUGCGAAGACGUCACCGUGUCGCUGCUCUGCAUCCAGAUGUGGAUUCAAACCUGCACAGUCAACAGAGACUUCCUGUCCCGUCUGAGCGACGAAUCCGUCCUGCUGCUGCUCAACGAGGCCGUCGGCCAAUUGGCUCUCAGCUCUGACUCCGCUGUGGGCGGGGCCUCCGUCAGACUGAUGCUCCUGAUGGCCCGUCAGCUGGGACUCCGUCUGCAGUCUCUCCUGCUCAACUUUAAAGGUCUGGACAGCCUCCUGGAGAAGGACUGGACGGGGCGGGGCUUUGACCAGGAAGUUGGUCAGCUGAUCUCCAUCCUGCAGCGUGACGGAGCCGGUAGCAGUGAGUCGGAGGUUCGCUUCGGGCUAACGCGCAAAAUCAAAGAGGUGAGCGCUGAGCGCCUGCGGGCGGCGUGUUUGAUCCAGGCUGCCUGGCGGUCCUAUCGGACCCGCCGCAGAGUGAAGGGCCUCAACAGAGCCGUCAGCACACUGCAGAGGAGAUACAGGGCCCGGAGGAGGCGUCUGCAGGAGCAGAGGGAGGCGCAGCAGUGGGAGGAGCAGCUCAGCUACCAGGUUUGCGUGAGGAGGCAGCGGGCGAGGAGGCGCUUCCAUCAGAAACAGCGGGAGCUGCUGCUGCUGCUCCCCCCUGAUCAGGUGCGACCGUACCUGCAGGAGUGCGAGCGUCGGGCGGCCGUGGCGAUCCAGAGCGCCUGGAGAGGCUUCAGAGAAAGAAGACGCUAUAAGGGCGCUCCGGGAGACGCGCUGAGGGAGUCCCAGAGGCGGCAGCGCGCUGCCAGGACGCUGCAGAGAGCCGGACGUCGGCUCCUGGAAAAACGGCGAGCAGCAAAGGCUCCGCCCCUCACCCCGCCCUGGAUUGGUCAGGACGGCUUGACGGAGAGCCGGCGUGCCGAGCUGAAGCAGCAGGUGGACGAGCACGUCGCCGUCCACAGGUCGACACGCGUGUCCGCUGAGGAGUGUGCGGCGCUCCACGAGGAGGUGCAGCUGCUCCUGCGAGCCGAGCUGCAGAAGGUGGCGCAGCGGAGGAGAGAGGAGCAGCGGGUGGAGGCUCUGCUGGCGUGUGCGCGCACGCAGCUGGAGCUGCUGCGAGAGGCCCCGCCCCUUUCGACUGUCACGGUGAAACAGGCCGAGUCCUUCCUGAGCCCGUCAGCGUCCAUCGCCGCCCGCGCCCGGGACGCCCACAACGCCGCGCUGCAGGCCAGCCGGCUGCCCUGGUGGAGGACGCUGGGAGGGAUGGACACCGGGGAGGAGGUAGGCCCCGCCCACCUGCAGGAGCUGGAGGCGGAGCUCGGAGGACUGUUCAUCGGAGGGUCGGCGGUGGUUAGAGGAGGCGCCGAGGUGGAUGGAGCAAAGCUUUAACCGGCUCUGAUCCUGAGAUCGUGUGUUUUCUCUGGAUUCAUAAAGUCACAAAACCUGCUGUCAAGUUACAACAAAGUGAAACCAACAGAAAAACUCUGUGACUUAUGCUUAAACUGUACCAUGAAUGUGAAACUCUAUGUAAAAGCUGGAAAAUCUGCUCUGAGUUUGGUUUGUGUUUUUUAUCCCUGCUGGGCUUUUGCAAUAAAACAUGCAAGUACAACAGAAGA